AUGGACUCGACCCACGAUCCCCUUGCCUUGGCCAAGGCGAGGAAGCGGCCUCGGUCGCGAGGCUCGACGGCAUCUAUCCACAGCGCCACCACACAGCCCAACAUUGAUCACCCCUUCACGGAAUCCGGCGAAGUGUAUACCUCACAAUGGUUGCCCAAUGAUCCUAGCCAGCAACGAGAACUUCCCAAUGGCUCGUCGCAAAUGACCCCAGAAGACCUCCUGCUUGCCUCCCAGCUGCAGGCAACCCGCGACUUCACGAUGGAUGCCUCAGUAAAUACGUCGAUGCAGAGUGUCGCGUUCCAUCACCACAGCCAUAGCAUGAGUCGACAGUCCCUGUCUGCCGACUCCUUCGCAGGGAAUAACAGCUUCGCCGACGACAGCCAGCUGGUGGAUCGGGAUGGGAAUGGCGACGGCGACUCGUUUCAUGGAAUGUCGGCACCGGCCAAGUCUGGCUCGCGAUCCAACGCCAAUAACGAAAUGGAAAUGCGACAGUUGUUCCAUUCCAACAAGCACCGCACUCUUCAAGAUGUUGCCGAGGAACUCCACGGCAACGAGCGGGGACCCAAUUCCGAACGGACACGCCAGGUUUUCGCCAUGCUUUGGAUAAACCAAGUCUGUUCUGCAGGCAAAGGUUCGGUUCCUAGAGGAAGAGUGUAUGCGAACUAUGCGUCUCGUUGCGCCACAGAGAGGAUUACUGUCCUGAAUCCUGCUAGUUUCGGGAAGUUAGUUCGGGUUCUCUUUCCCGGGUUGAAGACGCGGCGGCUAGGGAUUCGUGGAGAGUCGAAAUAUCACUACGUUAAUUUCCAGCUCAAGGAAGAGCAGCCAGACGUCCGCGACACUUCUGCCCAACCCGCUGUGCCUUUAGGAGAGAACCCUUCGCAGAACUUCAGUGCACUCCCAAAUAAGUCGACAUCGGCAAGGCCUGAGAGCGCCACCUUUCCAACGCCAGCACUUGGUUUGCCGCUUGGACCAAAGCCGGCGCGAUCUCACGAAUACCGCCACAGCCUCUAUAACCAUCCCCAAAUCGCGAAUAUCGAUCAAUUACAGAACAACGUGGCCAAGACGGUCCAGCAGCUUCGGUUCUCAACCGACACCGGGGAGAUGUUCAAGCAGUCAGACCCUCUCAUUCUACCAAGAAUCGAGCCAUACCUACCCAAUGGCACCGAUCCGGACGCGGCAAAGUCCCUUGUUGCGCUCUAUCGAUCAUACUGUACUUCUCUCGUCGAGUGUAUCCGAUACUGCAAAGAGAAAACUUUUUUUCACCUUUUCACUUCAUUCCAAGGCACUCUCACGAUGCCUGUGCAGAAGUUAUUCGCGAACCCCGCCAUCGCGCCUUGGAUUGAGGAGUGUGACUUCAUACUCUACCAACGAAUGAUGCGCAUCGUAUCGGGGCUGACCCUCCAGGUCGUACCCAAGCCUGUCCUCGACACGCUUCGCAAUAUAUCGGAGCGUCUCGUACCUCACAUCCGGGAUUCCUUCCAGGGGCAGCCUUUACAUGUUAUAAAGGCGAAGGAAGCACCAGCUACCAUCUUUGCUGGCCUGCUCGACAGGGCGCUGCGGGUGAACCUAACGGCACACGCCGCCGCGAACAUGCUGUCGAACCCUGCAAACCGCGACCUAAUGUACAUGGAGUGGAUUACCAUGGUCAACGUGCGAAAGAUUGCCGAGAGCAUACCCUCACCCGGCAUGGACGAUGUUGUCAAUCUCUUGCUCAACGAGAUGCGGGACCUCCUCGACCCCGUGAACGUGCCUUGGGAGAUGGAAUGCCUUACAGUGCAUGGCGAAAUCGCAAUGCGCAAUGGACGGCAACCGCAAGAAGGGCCCAAUGAAGACGCAGAUUCGUCAAACAUCCUGGACCGUUGGGUUAACUUCCUACGGUCUCUCCCUGGUCGGUUCCCUUACGCGUCGGAUACGGACCUCGUCUGGUGCGUUCAGAGGCUGAGCACUGCACUGAUGAGGGACCUUACCAUUGUGCAAGGGAAGAGCUUCGGGUCGUGGUGGGUGACGAAAUGCUGGGUCGACGAGAUGAUCCAGUUUAUGGCAGAACAAGGAGGCUUCAUGCAGCAGAAGUCGACUCGAGAUGCCCUCAUGGUUUCAAAACGGCAAGCGGCAAAUCGAGAGCUGAGCACUCAAGGAUCUCGGUAUAGCAGUGCCAGUGACGACUUCAACAUCUCUCGCAUGUCGGAGUCGCAGCCCGACCGAGCCCCCUUCCCUUCAGCGCCUUCGGGCAACAAUCAACAGGCGAGCCACGACGACAGUGGCAUCGGGAUUAGGACACCUGAUGAAGACUUGCCUGGAGAAAAAUACAGCCUCACACCGGCCAAUUCGCAAGACGUGUUUGGCAGCACCGAGCUGCAGGAUCAUCUGGGAGAGAUAUAG